GUCGCCUGCUGUGGGCAUUGCGAUGGAGGGGAGUCACAUGUAGAAGAUCCCGAUCUGUCACGACUAUCAGCGAGGAGAGUGUAAUCGAGACAACUGCCGGUUCCGUCAUCCGGGAACACACAAGGAUAAUGUGAUGUUGGGACUCGAGGAUCCUGCGACCCCGGACGAAUUGGAGACAAUUCUGAAGCAGUACAGUUCUACUAUCAAGCCGCGCAAUUUUUCUGGUUAAGUUUUUCUUCAGAAUUGAUUGCUUUUGAGUGUUUGUUGGAGGAAAGUCGAUCGUUUGUGAGAUGAGUGGUAUGUGUUGUCUCUGGUGGAGUGAGAGCCAUAGUUCAUGCAGAUGGAACGAAAUGUUCCAAGUAUUGCAAAAGUAAGCAAACUCAGACCUAGAGUUGGUAAUCUUGUAGAUUUAAAACCAAGCAAACCGUUACUUCGUGGUUUGGCCAACCUAGGAAAUACCUGCUUCCUAAACGCAUCGCUACAGCUUCUGGCUUCAUCGGAGCCUCUUAUAGAGUGCAUCUGUUCAUGCCUCGCGCAAAUCCAAGCCGAUGAAACGGAAGAGUUGAAGAAAGCGUGUACUUUCACCCAGCAAUUAGCCGAAAUCCUAGAAGGUAUCGAAUCGAACGUUCUUUUUUGCUAGAUAUCACCUACAAUCCGACCUUGUUGAUUUUUUCGGGUAGUUCGUUUUAUGAUUUGUUCACCUCUCUUUUUCCUUAUUUUGGAGAUGGAAUGCAACAUGUAUUCGCUCAAUGUUGUGCUUUACCCGAAGGAUGCCCUGGAAGCCUUGCAAUCGAUUUUAGAGCAACUGAAAAAAGAUGUUGACACGCUGAACAAGGCAAUACAACAGCAAUGGGCCUUGAAAGACUCUGUCGAUGCUCUGACGCCUCUCUCCAGGAAAUCGGCUCUAUAUACCCCUAUUUCCAUCCCAAUCGAGGGCCUUCUCUCCAACGUGAUGAUCUGCUCUCGCUGCGGCAGUCGCCGCCAAAUCCGUAAUGUCCCCUUCUUCUCCCUCUCCAUCCCCAUCGCCCGUUUCCCCUUUCCCCUUCUCUCUCUCUCUAGAAACGCCGCCCUGGCGUCUCGACCCCUCCAGUCGCCGUCAGUUCAAGUUCUUCUACCGCGCCCUCACGGACACGAAGGCUCUCCUCAGCCCCGUUCACCCCACGCUUCUCGACUGUCUGCGCAAGUACACCGCGCCCGACGAAGUCGACGGCGUGCAGUGCGAAGGGUCGCCACGCUGCCUCGCUUCAAUUCUAGCUGCGGGCUGCUCAACGCCAUGCUGGAUCCCUCCACCCUCACAGAACGGCCCUUGUCCCGCGAUUCCGUCGAGGUGGGUUCGCAGAACCGCGGUGAUGUCAAGGAACUUCGAAAAGAACUCGCGCAUUCGCUGCAUCGCGUGCGGUCGUCGCACGAUUUCGACGCGGAGUUUCACCUCCAAAACACGAACGAAACGCUCCAUGUCAAGGAGGGACGCGGCACAUUCCAGAAGUUCGAGCUGAUUGGCCGCCCGCCCCGCACGCUGCUGCUCCAUGUGCAGCGUAAAACCGCGGGAAUGGGUUUGUUUUCGAAGCAGAACACGUUCGUGGAGUUUCCGGCGUUCUUCGACCUGCGCGAGUUCUGCUUGUUCUCGCAGUCGCUGCCGCUGGGAGCGAUGCGCGCGUUGGAGGCGAAGGAAGAACGGGAGGAAAUGGAUGUGCAUCGACGAUUGAAGAGAGUGGCGUCGUGGAAGGCGGAGAUGAAGAAUCCGGAUGAUGAAGCGACGAUUUGGAUGCUGGACGAGUAUUUCAAGCCCGGAGGAGAGCAGGCGGGACGGCGAAGUCGCAGGGGGAGCUUUGAGAGCGUGGGCUCGGUGUAUGAGGUGAAGAGCGCAGCCGAUCUUUCGUUCAGCGACGAUGAGGGAGGAGCAGAAUAUAACGAUCAGGACGAGGACGAAGAAGAAGAAGAAGAGUGGAUGCGGGACAGUCAGGCGAUUCAUCCGUAUAUCCGGAAGGGAGCCCUUCGAGGAGGUGGGGCGCCGCUUAUUUAUGAAAUGGUGUCGGUGAUUCAUCAUUUGGGGCUUGGGAUGGGAGGACAUUAUGUUUGUUAUCGCCGAGUUCGCACGGAUGAAGGAACGAAGUGGUAUUUGAUGAAUGACCAGAUUGUGAGAGAAGUGAGUUGGGAGACUGUGAACACAGAAAACAUGUAA